UAGACACAGACACACAGACUGAGAGUGAGUGAGAGAAGCAGAGAAAAAUUGGAUGCAGCAGCAGAGUCGACUUUUAAUAAAAUUAGUUAUUCAUUUAUCGCGUAUAUAAUUUUUGUCUGCUGCUUUAAAAAAGAGAAAUAUUUAUUAAUAAAGUAAACAGUUUUUCAAGAACGAAACAAACAAUAUUCAAGAAGUAGAAGAAGAUCCCGAGAAAGAAAAAGAAAAGUGUUAUUUUAAAAAGCGAAGUGUUUUUAGUUUUUUUCUUCCCAACACACAAUUUUUUUUUUUUGCAAUCUCAAAAGUGUUUCCUCCCAAUUAGGUAUUUUCAAAGUGAAUUUCAUUUUUUUUUCGGAUAAAAAUAUCAAACUUUGUGUAAUGCGGUGGUGAAAGUCUUCAAAAAAAAAAGAAAAAGACCAGAUUGAGGUGGAAUCGCAUUCGUGAAAAUUGGAAAUAAUUGAGGACUACUUGUUGAAGUUGGAUGAGUGUGAAAAUGUCGACACAUAGAGGAGGCGGCGGCGGUGGUGGAGGAGGAACAGGAAGUCACCAGGGCGGUCCACCGGGCCUGAAGCAAAUCGACUUGGAUCAAAUUUGGGACGAUCUUCGCGAAGGCAUUGAGCAAGUUUACGACAGACAAUGCAUGUCGAAGCCACGAUACAUUGAACUUUACACUCACGUUUAUAAUUAUUGUACGAGUGUUCAUCAACAAAUAUCGAGAACGUGUACGAAGACAAAAAAGAGUCCAAUGUCGGGAGGCGCACAACUCGUUGGUCUCGAACUCUAUAAACGAUUACGUGAUUUUCUUAGAAUUUAUCUCAUUGAUUUACUUAAGCAUGGUGUUGAUUUAAUGGACGAAGAUGUACUGCAAUUUUACACGAGACAAUGGGAGGAAUAUCAAUUUAGUAGUAAAGUUCUAAAUGGCGUUUGUGCGUAUUUAAAUCGACAUUGGGUGCGAAGAGAAUGUGAGGAAGGACGUAAAGGAAUUUAUGAAAUUUAUCAACUCGCACUCGUCACAUGGCGGGAUAAUCUCUUCAGACAUCUCAAUCGACAGGUGACAAAUGCAGUUUUAAAAUUAAUAGAACGCGAGAGAAAUGGCGAGACAAUAAAUACACGUUUAGUUAGUGGUGUGAUUAAUUGUUACGUUGAAUUGGGCUUGAAUGAAGAGGAUCCAGGUGCAAAGGGACAGAAUUUGGCCGUCUAUAAGGAUUCAUUUGAAACACUCUUUCUCGAGGACACUAUACGCUUUUACACGCGUGAGAGUUCUGAAUUUGUUCGGCAAAAUCCCGUCACUGAAUAUAUGAAGAAGGGCGAGCAACGUUUACUUGAGGAGGAGAAACGCGUGCAAGUUUAUUUACAUCAAACGACGCAGCAAACAUUGGCGAAAACAUGCGAGAGAGUAUUAAUUGAAAAGCAUUUGGAUAUAUUUCAUUCGGAAUUUCAAAAUCUCCUCGAUUCAGAGAAGAACAAUGAUUUAGGACGAAUGUAUCAACUUGUCGCGAGAAUACCAAAUGGUCUUGGUGAAUUGAGAAAUUUACUCGAGAGUCAUAUUGCUAAUAUGGGAUUGGCUGCUAUUGAUAAAUGCGGUGACACUGCUGGCAAUGAUCCGAAGAUGUAUGUGAACACGAUUUUGGAGGUGCAUAAAAAAUACAAUGCGUUAGUGUUGGACGCGUUUAAUAACGACAUUGGUUUUGUGACGGCACUGGACAAGGCGUGCGGUCGUUUCAUUAAUAUUAAUUCAGUGACAAGGACUGCCAACAGUAGCAGCAAAUCACCGGAAUUAUUGGCGAAAUACUGUGAUUUACUUUUGAAGAAAAGUAGUAAAAAUCCCGAGGAAGCUGAACUCGAAGAUACUCUUAAUCAAGUGAUGGUAGUUUUUAAAUAUAUAGAGGAUAAAGACGUUUUUCAAAAGUUCUAUAGUAAAAUGCUGGCAAAACGAUUGGUGCAACACAUGUCGGCAAGCGAUGACGCCGAAGCUUCAAUGAUCUCAAAAUUAAAGCAGGCCUGCGGCUUUGAAUACACAUCGAAGUUGCAACGCAUGUUCCAAGAUAUUGGAGUCUCGAAAGACUUGAAUGAACAAUUCCGUAGACACUUGACAAAUUCGGCUGAGCCGCUCGAUAUUGAUUUCAGUAUUCAAGUACUUUCAUCAGGUUCCUGGCCAUUUCAACAAUCGUUCUCAUUUUCGUUACCAACCGAGUUGGAAAGGUCUGUACAUAGGUUUACGACUUUCUACAGUUCACAACACAGUGGAAGAAAAUUAAAUUGGCUGUACAACAUGUCCAAAGGCGAAUUGCACACGAAUUGCUUUAAAAAUAGAUAUACUUUACAAGCCUCAACCUUUCAAAUGGCGGUGUUAUUACAAUAUAAUGUCUCCACUUCAUGGACGAUGCAGCAAUUGGUCGAAUCCACACAAAUCAAAAUGGAUUUUCUCAUUCAGGUAAUGCAGAUACUUUUAAAGGCGAAAUUAUUGAUUUCAUCGACCGAGGAGGAGGCGGAACUUUCACCGACUUCAACUGCUGAACUUUUCACGGGUUAUAAAAACAAAAAACUCAGGGUAAACAUUAAUAUCCCGAUGAAAACGGAACUUAAAGUGGAACAAGAAACGACGCAUAAGCAUAUAGAAGAAGAUAGAAAGUUAUUAAUUCAAGCGGCGAUAGUGAGAAUCAUGAAAAUGAGGAAAGUCCUCAAGCACCAGCAACUCGUUGCUGAAGUUCUCAAUCAACUCAACACGAGGUUCAAACCAAGAGUUCAUGUUAUUAAGAAAUGUAUAGAUAUUUUAAUAGAAAAGGAAUAUUUAGAGCGAACGGAAGGACAGAAAGACACGUACAGCUAUUUAGCAUGAUUUGCUUUGAUGAUGAAGCGUCGCGUCAUCAUCAACAACAACAGAAACAACAUCAUUAUCGUGAUUAAAAAAAAGCAACGGAGAAAUAGGAGAAACAAAGUUGUCGUAUGUGGAAAAAAACAGAGAAGGAAAAAAAACCAUUAAUUAAUGCUAAUUCUACUGCGGUUUCUUUUUCCUUGUGUCCUCGAUAUUUAUUUAAAAAAAAGAAAGAAACAAACGAAAAAUCAAACAACAAGACAAAAAAAAGAAUAAAAACACAUUUUUCUUUUUUUUGACGUCGAUUUAUUAUUUUAUACAACGUCAAAAGAAAAAGAAAAGGAAAAUAAAAUAUAUAUAUAUUUUGCGUCGUCAAUAACUGCGAACUGCUCGCAGCAAAUUCGUCGCUUUAACUCUGGUCGUCGCAUUUAGAUUUUAAUUUUUACGAGAGAAAAAAACAAUAACAAAACAUAAUACAUUUAAUAAAAAAGAAAUCAUUUUUUCA